AGGAACCUCGUGCUGCACGUCUCCCUCUCCACAGGUCUGUGUUGUGGCUGUGUUGACGUGCGCCUGUGACCUGAGGCAAAGGCAAAAAAGCGAGAAAAUCCCCCUGCCUGUUGGGUUUGGGUACACCGCGGUGUGGCAUCUCGCACAGGUGCUUCACGGGAGAGCCACGGCACGGGUAGCCUGGGCGGACCUCCCGGCGGUGUAGAAGCGGAUGGGCGGUGAAUGCUGAUAGCACCGGUUGCAUGCCGCUGCCUCUCCCCGCGGACGCCACCCACACCAUCGCCCUUAGCGUUGAGGUGUUGUAGCUGUAGUGCAUUUCUUGCCAUGGCGCAUCGACUGGGAUAGACGCACAGGGACACACACGCACACGUUGUAGCCCAAAGGCAGACAUUUGGGCAAGCUUGGAUAGAUUACCCGCCCUGCAUUCCACAUGCCGGACCUAAAGGACUCAAGCAUGUCAAGCAUGGCCAAGUUCAAGAAGGACAAGGAGAUCAUCGCGGAGUACGAGAGCCAGGUGAAAGAAAUCCGGGCUCAGCUGGUGGAGCAGCAGAAGGUUCUGGAACAGCAGACGGACAUGCGGGUACAGCUACUUCAGGACCUGCAGGAUUUCUUCCGGAAGAAGUCGGAGAUCGAGAGCGAGUACUCACGCAACUUAGAGAAGCUCGCCGAGCGCUUCAUGGCCAAGACACGCAGUACCAAGGAUCACCAGCAAUACAAGAAAGACCAGAACCUUCUGUCUCCGGUGAACUGUUGGUACCUGCUCCUGAAUGAGGUUCGCCGCGAGAGCAAAGACCAUGCCACACUGAGCGACCUCUACCUGAACAACGUCAUAACACGCUUCGCUCACAUUAGUGAAGACACUACACGACUGCUCAAGAAGAGUAAAGAGAUCAUCUUCCAGCUGCAGGAGGACCUGAUGAAGGUUCUCAAUGAGCUCUACACGGUGAUGAAGACCUACCACCUGUACAACAGCGAGACGCUGAGCGCCGAGGUGAAGCUCCGAGAGGCGGAGCGGCAGGGGGAGCGAGGGGGCCGAGGGGGCGAGGCUGUGUUCGGCCUGCGCACCGAGGAUCGCCACCAGCGCCGCAACAACGCCCGCAAGAUCCAGAAGAUGAAGGAGAAGAGGCAGGCCAAGUACUCUGAGAAUAAGCUGAAAGUGAUGAAGGCUCGUAAUGAGUACCUACUGACUCUGGAGGCCACCAACGCAGCGCUCUUUAAAUACUACGUACACGACCUGUCCCACCUCAUUGAUAGCUGUGACCUUGGCUACCAUUGUGGGCUGAGCCGGGCUCUGCGCACCUACCUGUCAGCCGAAUACGGCGUGGAGACGGCGCGGCACGAGGGCCUGGACAUCCUGGAGGGGGCAGUAGAGAGCCUGGACCCGGGCAACGAUCGCCAGCGCUUCAUGGAGACACAUCCGUCAGCGUUUACGCCGCCUCCCAGAUUCUCCUACCAGCCACACAUGGGAGACCAGGUGGCCCAGCUGACAGCACUGCCGCAGGUGCAGUCAGAACUGCUGCUGCGAUACACACAACUCCAGUCCCGCCUCUCCACGCUCAAGAUAGAGAACGAGGAGGUGAAGAAGACAUGGGAGGCGACGCUGAACACUAUCCAGGACCUGGUGAGUCUGGAGGACUUCGACGUGUCCGAGAGCUUCCAGAGGAGCCGCUCCACCGAGUCGGUCAAGUCCAGCGUGUCCGACACCUACCUGAGCAAGCCCAGCCUGGCCAAGAGGAGAGCCAAUCAGCAGGAGACUGAACUCUUCUACUUCAUGAAACUGCGUGAACACCUGGAAGGAAGUAACCUCAUCUCCAAACUCCAGGCCAAGCAUGACUUGCUGAAGAAGAGCAUAGCAGAUGGUUACAGAGGAGAUGUAAUGACCACAAGCCGUCGACGGAACUCCCACAGCAGACAGCAGGAGCAAGGAAAAGCCAUUCCCCUUAUCGUGGAGAGCUGCAUUAGAUACAUUAACCUGCACGGAUUACAGCACCAGGGUAUCUUCAGAGUCUCAGGAUCUCAAGUGGAGGUCAAUGACAUCAAAAAUUCAUUUGAGCGGGGAAACGACCCCUUGUCAGAUGAGGAGAACAGUCCGGACAUCAACUCGGUGGCCGGAGUUCUAAAGCUGUACUUCAGGAAUCUGGAGAACCCAUUGUUCCCCAAAGAGCUCUUCAAUGAGUUGAUCGCCACCGUGCGCAUAGAGAGUCUGUAUGAUAGGGCUCUGAGCAUCCGAAAGAUCCUGACUACAGCCCCACGCACCUCAGUGGUGCUGAUGAGAUACCUGUUUGCCUUCCUCAACCACCUGUCCCAGUACAGCGAUGAGAACAUGAUGGAGCCGGGGAACCUGGCCAUCUGUUUUGGUCCGACACUCAUGCCCACGCCCGAGCUGCAGGACCAGGUGUCGUGCCAGGCCCACGUCAACGAGGUCAUCAAGACCAUCAUCAUCCACCACGAGACCAUCUUCCCCGACCGCAAGGAGCUCGACGGGCCACUCUACGAGAAGUGCAUGAGCGCCACCGAGUACUGCGAGAGUCCGUACAGCGAGUCUGGAGCCCUGGAGGAGGGCGAGCAAGAUGGAGGCACUGAAACACAAACUAGUGAGGAUGAAGCCGAGCCACUGGAGGCCAUAGCGAAGUUUGACUACGCUGGACGCUCUGCGCGAGAGCUGUCAUUCAAGAAAGGGACGUGUCUUCAGCUGUUCCAGCGUGCGUCAGACGACUGGUGGGAGGGGCGUCAUAAUGGCAGCACUGGCCUCAUCCCCCACCAGUACAUCAUAUUAAAGAGCGAUGGUGAGAGUGUGAAGGUGAAAGCUAGCAGCCCUUCUGAGAGCAACAGAAGCCUGAGCUCACCGACCGAGGGCAGAGCCACAGAUUCCUUCAUCAGCAGGCACAGGAAGCGCACCGAGGCCCUCCUGCGGCGCGCGCCGGGUCGCCUCAGCGACAGCCACUGCCACGGCAACGGCACGGGGCUGGAGCGCAGCUCGCCGCCCGUCACGGUGACGGUCACGGGCCACUUCAGCCCGCGCGAGCUCCUGCGCGGCAUCACGCACGGCACGCAGACGCUGGCGCACACGCAGUCCUCGCACGCGCUCACCCACGCCACGCACGCCACGCACAGCCCCGAGCGGCCGCGCCAGAGGGCGGGCGGAGGAGGAGGCGGCAUGGUGACGCGGCACGAGUCGCUGCGCCGCGACCGCGAGAGCCCGCCCACACCCUCACAGGGCCGCGCUCGGACGCUCAACCCGCACACCUUGGCACAGGUAAAAGGCUUGGCACAGGAGAUUGAGGAGACGGUGGCUGCUGCACUGAGUGGUCUGCGUGUUCUUGAGCGCCAGUCGGGAGGCUCCAGCGGCGGCGGCGGUGGUGGUGGAAGCAGCAUGUGCGUGCUGGACCGGCCUCCCAUCAGCAGCGUGUGCGUGCUGGACCGCCCGCCCGGGGGCGGCGGCGGUGGCAAGCCGGCGCCGGACCUGGUGCUGGACACCCUGGAGCAGGUGAAGAACGGGCCCCCGGUGGCCCCCACCGGCUCCACGCCCUCCAGCCUGUCCAGCCCGUCCGACUCGCCGAGCCCCAUGAGCCCGCUGGGCUCGUCCCUGCCGCCGCUGCCCGGCCCGGCCUCCCGCCGCAGCUCGGCGCUGUCCGAGCCGCCCGUCAUGUUCGAGCCGGUCACCUUCAGCCCCGUGGCCAUCGCCCGGCCGCCCGCGCUGCGGCCCAAGCCGCCGGUCAUGCCCAAGAGCCACACCCCGUCGCAGCAGCCCUCGCCCACGAUGCACCUCCCCCCCGACAAGUCGGGCACCAUGUGAGCAGAAGCUGACCCGCUGACCACAGACCGGAACCGGACCGGAACGGACCACCGCACGGAAGUGGACUGAGAAUGGAGACGAAGACGAAGACGAAGACGAGCCCAUGUCCAGGCUGGGCACCUGAUCAUGAUUUAAUGUACAAAAGAUGACUGUAGGGCUGGUUAGCUGAUUGGUCGGAUAGAUUUAGCCAGUGAAAAAUGUCAGUGUGCUGUUUUUUAGGCGGGUGUUGCGGUCCCUCAGUGUGUGUACCGUGUGCGUGUCUGUGUGUAGCCAUGUUUGUGGUGUUGUGGUUGUGUUUCCUCCUCCUCGAAAUAUUUCAGAAACACACACACACACACACACACACUGGCAAGCACACACUGAGGGACCCAUGUACAGGACUAGCACCCAGUGUUUCCGGAAAACAGUGGUUUAGGUGUUGGAAAUGUAGUCUUUCAGUGGAGUGUGUAUAGUGCUGUGAGUGUUAGGGCCUUACUGCCACAGAGAGAUCAAAACUGCUCCUCCCAGGGUUUAUUUUGAUUGGAUGAGCAAGCUGCUGUGUUUACCAUGAUUUGUUUGAUUGGCUGGAAAAGCUGCUAUAUUCCCAUUGUUUUCGUUUUGAUUGGCUGGAAGAAGCUGCUAUAUUUCUCAUGGUUGCAUUUGAUUGGAUGAAAGAAGCUGCUAUAUUCUCAUGGGGAUGUUUUAAUUGGCCGAUGAUAGGAAGCGAAGGUGGUGUUUUGAUUCGUGACAGGGUUUAGCUAACAGGAAUAGAGUGCUGAUGGGAACUGUAGUCAGUAAGCUUUAUUUAAAGCCACGUGGUGCAUACACUUGGCCUCUUUGAGUGCCAGACACUGAAUGUAUUUCUCCUGAAUGUUUUUUUUAGUAUUAUUUCACACGGAUUCACACAUAGCCUUCAUUACCGUGGAGACGCCUUGGUGACCGUAGUAAUGUUGGGACCGAAGUCCUUAUCACCUUAGCAAAUCCCUUUCAGAUACAUUUGGUCAUUUUUAGCACACACUAAACCUACCACACACACACACACACACGCACACACACACACACACACACACACACACACACACACACACACACACACACACUCAUGUGCGCACACACACACACACACACACACACACACACACACAGAUAUACACAUCAAGACACCCCACCCAAAAAAACACAAAUGACAAGUACAAGUUCCUUCACAGUUUUGGACACACUGCCUUGUUGAUGAGGCCCAAAUCUACAGCCUGAGGACUCAUUGGGCAUGCUGCUGUUGCAUCAUGGGACAUUCAGACUCUGGGGCUUCCAUCGCCGGCGGCAACCAUGACUUGCUGGCGCAGCUCUCUCUGAGGACCAAUGGCAAUCGCCGUUUUGACCAAUAUGCCGUUUUGACCCAUGUACUUCCAGUGUGUGUGUCUGUUUGUGUGUGUGUCGUGUGUGAGAGAGAGAGAGAGAGAGCAAGGAAUGUGUCGACUUGUUUUCAGACCUACCCAUGAGAACAUUCCUUCACUUUGUGUCCACUGUUUGUGUGUGUCCGUGUGUGUGUGUGGGUGUUUGUGUGUGUGUGUGUGUGUGUGUGUGUGCUUGGAAAAAGAGAGUCUGUAUAUAUGCACUUGCUGCUGUAUGUGCGCGUGUAUAGAUGUGUGUGAGAGACUUCUCUCAUGGUAAGACAUCUACCUAAGCUAUUCGUCUCAGUUUGCAAAAUGUAACAUAAGUGUGUUAAUUAACAGAACCAAUCUGAGGAGUACAACUCUAUAUGUGUGUGUACGUGUGUGUAUGAGAGAGAUUGAGAGAGAGAGAGAGAGAGAGAGAGAGAGAGAAAGUGUGUGUGUGUGUGUGUACCGUAUGUGCAUACACACUAUAUACACUUGUAUACCUGCCUGUGUGUGUGUGUGUGUGUGUGUGUGUGUGUGUGUGUGUUCUCUCUUGGUGCUCCACCCCCCCUGGGCUUAACCCUCUGUAUAGGUGGGGUGUAUCGUCAUGUUCAGGAGUGUUGGCAAAUGGCCAGUAUUGCAGCUUUAGACCACAAUGGUACCUUAACCACAAACUCCAGUGGCUGUGACACAGAUACACCCACACACAUUCACAAGCCAGACACUAAUAUCCUCAGCCCAUACCUAGCCUGUCAGAAAGCCACUCACACACAACCUCCCUUGCACUGGUCGCCCAUCAUACAGAGCGUGGCAGUGACUGUGCACAGCUGAGACGCCUGAACAUCUCAUUUACCCAUCAUGCCUAUGGGGUGGGGGGUUGGGUACACAGGAAAGUGCCUUUGGGAAAGACCCCCCUUAUGUAUGUGAGUGUGUGCGUGUGUGUGUCCGUGUGUGUGUGUGUGCGUGCGUGUGUGUGCGUGCGUGUGUGUGUGUGUGUGCGUGUGUGCGUGCGUGUGUGUGUGUGCGUGUGUGCGUGUGUGUGUGUGCCUGUGUAUACGCUCAUAUCUCUCUGAGCAGUAGUGCCAUGAGUGAUACAUUAAACAAUAGAGCUCUUUCCAAACAGUCAUUAAAAAUGAAUGAAUAAUAUAAUAAGUAUAUAAACAGUUAAUCCAUUGUGAUGUUGCACUUUUAUGUAUAGGACUGUGUGUUUGGCAUGUGACCUUAUAAAAACAUGUUCCUGUGCAUUGUAAUGGGUGUCUCUAUGAAUGUCUUUGAAAUAAAGGAAGUGCUU